UGUAGCCGUGCCGUGGAGUGAGAGGCUCCUCCCUGUUGCUGGUGUUCCCCGUUCACUGGGGUGGGAGCCUUGUCUGCAGGCAGCCCUUCACAGCUCUCUGGGCCACUCGCCCUCUCCCUUCGUGUGUGGCAGGAUGGAGAAACCCAGCCAGGGUGUCAGGGGCUCGGGCUGCCCAGCAGGCCCUGUGUGGCUGUGGCUGCUCCACGCGGCCUCGUGUCGGCACCUGCUAGUCCAGGCUAGACCUCCCUGCCCUUGGAUAGACCGCUCUGUAGCCAGGGGUGUACAGUGCCUGUCAGGGUUGAGCUUAGUGAUCCUCUCUCAAACCACACCCCCACAUAAAGCCUCACGCCCACCCGGGCUCCAGCCAGACACAUCCUGCCCCUGAGAGCCGCGCCUCUACUCUCGGAGGAACGUCAGUGUCUAGAGUGUGGGGUUUGCCCUCCGCUGGCAGAAAGGUGAGGAGAAAGCUCCUCUUCUCUGGGCCCCUCCCUGCCUGUCCCUGGUAACGCCUCCUGGGUCCUGAGUUUGAGAAAGCAGAGCCUCGCCCCAGCAGGUACUCACAGCCAGAGUGCGGGGGCCCCAGCAGGUUCUCACAGCCAGCCGGUGAGUGCACCUCAGAGCAUAGGGGCCCAGAGCCAGGCCACUCCUUCAGGGCCCCAGGUCGCUUGCUGCCGGUUUUGGCCUGUGAGCUCACUGGCCUCAGUGCCAGGUAAGGACAGCCACCUUCCUGGGAAGAGGAGGUGACCCCGGGUCUGGUGGAUUUCCCACAGGGGCCAUCGGAGGAUGUCCACAGAGGCAGAGCCCUUGGGGCCUGUGGGCUGGGUUGGGCUGGUGGAUGUGGGGCCUGGGACUUCUCCAGAAGCUUACUUCCUGCUGCACGCUUUGCCGACUGUCCUUCCACCUCUAAGUGUCCAUCGUGCCUGUGGGGGCUGCUGCAGGCUCCUGCUCCGUCAGCCCACCUGCUGCUGCGCUGCUCUGGGAGCGAGCUCCCUCAUGGCAUCUGGAACGCUCUCCUGUCCUCCCUGUGCUCAGGGCUGGAGAGAGGGUGGCAGGGCUGCGGGCUCCCCGGGCCUUCUGGGCCCAGCCCUGCCACCUGGGCCCACCUCCUCUCACUGUCUCUGGCUCACGCUCCCCGGGCCUGGAGCUGGGACCUGCCCAUAGGCAUCUGAAGACACGUCAGCCUCAGCCCGGGGGAGCCCUUGCUUGACGCUCUCUGGCCUCCGGGCUGCCUCUCGCGCCCGCUCUGGGCCCGCUCUUCUUCUCAUGAUGUCUUUCCUUUCACCUCCUGCGUUGUCUGACAUCGUCUCUCUCUUCAUAAAUUGUAGCGUUUUAUGUUUUCGUUCAUAGGUGUGUUUUAUUUGAUUUUUCUUUAUUUUAAAUUAUUACAUUUAAGUUCUUUUUAUUUUAUGCUCUAGGUUUUGAAGUUUUUCUAAUUUCUUAAUUUUUUUGUUGUUUUUUGUUUUGUUUUGUUUUUGUUUUUAUGUACUGUAUUUUCAGUGUUUUAACCAAACAGUUGUGGCUACUCAUGGUGAGGAAUGACCGCUAAGAGUUUGGGUUCUUUCAAUGCAUUUGGAGGUCACUGCUACACGUUGAUGUUUAGGAGGUUGAGAGGUUUGCCUUUAGUGUCCACAGGAUGAAAUGUCCGAGUCAGGCCAGUCCUCGGCGGCUGCCACACCCAGCACCACAGGCACCAAGUCCAACACGCCCACAUCCUCCGUGCCCUCGGCCGCCGUCACACCCCUCAACGAGAGCCUGCAGCCCCUGGGGGACUAUGGCGUGGGCUCCAAGAACAGCAAGCGUGCCCGGGAGAAGCGCGACAGCCGCAACAUGGAAGUCCAGGUCACCCAGGAGAUGCGCAACGUCAGUAUAGGCAUGGGCAGCAGUGACGAGUGGUCUGAUGUUCAAGACAUUAUUGACUCCACGCCAGAGCUGGACAUGUGUCCAGAGACCCGCCUGGACCGCACAGGAAGCAGCCCAACCCAGGGCAUCGUGAACAAAGCUUUCGGCAUCAACACCGACUCCCUGUACCACGAGCUGUCGACGGCAGGGUCUGAGGUCAUCGGGGAUGUGGACGAAGGGGCCGACCUCCUAGGGGAGUUCUCAGUGCGUGAUGAUUUCUUUGGAAUGGGCAAAGAAGUGGGGAAUCUGCUACUGGAAAACUCACAGCUUCUGGAAACCAAAAACGCCUUGAACGUGGUGAAGAACGACCUGAUUGCCAAGGUUGACCAGCUGUCCGGGGAGCAGGAGGUGCUGAGGGGCGAGUUGGAGGCUGCUAAGCAGGCCAAAGUCAAGCUGGAAAACCGUAUCAAGGAGCUGGAAGAGGAACUGAAAAGAGUGAAGUCCGAGGCCAUCAUCGCCCGCCGUGAACCCAAAGAAGAGGCGGAGGAUGUAAGCAGCUAUCUCUGUACAGAAUCGGACAAAAUCCCCAUGGCCCAGCGCCGCCGCUUCACGCGGGUGGAGAUGGCCCGUGUGCUCAUGGAGCGGAACCAGUACAAGGAGCGGCUGAUGGAGCUGCAGGAGGCUGUGCGGUGGACUGAGAUGAUCAGAGCGUCCCGAGAGCACCCAUCCGUCCAGGAGAAGAAGAAGUCGACCAUCUGGCAGUUCUUCAGCCGCCUCUUCAGCUCCUCCUCCAGCCCCCCUCCGGCCAAGCGCCCCUACCCCUCGGUGAACAUCCACUACAAGUCACCCACCACUGCCGGCUUCAGCCAGCGCCGCAACCAUGCCAUGUGCCCGAUCUCGGCAGGCAGCCGGCCCCUGGAAUUCUUCCCUGACGACGACUGCACGUCCUCCGCCCGUCGAGAGCAGAAGCGCGAGCAGUACCGCCAGGUGCGUGAGCACGUGCGUAACGACGACGGCCGUCUGCAGGCCUGCGGCUGGAGCCUGCCCGCCAAGUACAAGCAGCUGAGUCCCAACGGGGGCCAGGAGGACACGCGGAUGAAGAACGUGCCGGUGCCGGUGUACUGCCGCCCUCUGGUGGAGAAGGACCCCACCAUGAAGCUGUGGUGUGCCGCGGGCGUCAACCUGAGCGGGUGGAGGCCCAAUGAGGACGACGCUGGGAAUGGAGUCAAGCCAGCGCCAGGCCGCGAUCCCCUGACCUGCGACCGCGAAGGAGACGGCGAGCCCAAGAGCGCCCACACGUCUCCCGAGAAGAAGAAGGCCAAGGAGCUCCCUGAAAUGGACGCCACCUCCAGCCGGGUGUGGAUCCUGACCAGCACCCUGACCACCAGCAAGGUGGUGAUCAUCGACGCCAACCAGCCGGGCACGGUGGUGGACCAGUUCACCGUCUGCAACGCGCACGUGCUGUGCAUCUCCAGCAUCCCCGCGGCCAGCGACAGCGACUACCCCCCCGGGGAGAUGUUCCUGGACAGCGACGUGAACCCAGAGGACCCGGGCGCAGAUGGCGUGCUGGCCGGUAUCACCCUGGUGGGCUGUGCCACCCGCUGCAACGUGCCACGGAGCAACUGCUCCUCCCGAGGGGACACCCCAGUGCUAGACAAGGGGCAGGGGGAGGUGGCCACCAUCGCCAACGGGAAGGUCAACCCAUCCCAGUCCACAGAGGAGGCCACAGAGGCCACGGAGGUGCCAGACCCUGGGCCCAGUCAGCCAGAGACAGCCACAUUGCGGCCCGGGCCUCUCACAGAGCACGUCUUCACUGACCCAGCCCCGACCCCGUCCUCUGGCCCCCAGCCUGGCAGUGAGAACGGGCCAGAGCCUGACAGCAGCAGCACACGGCCAGAGCCAGAGCCCAGCGUGGACCCCACGGGAGCAGGCAGCAGUGCUGCACCCACCAUGUGGCUGGGAGCCCAGAACGGCUGGCUUUAUGUGCACUCGGCUGUGGCCAACUGGAAGAAGUGCCUGCACUCCAUCAAGCUGAAGGAUUCUGUGCUGAGCCUGGUGCAUGUCAAAGGCCGUGUGCUGGUGGCUCUGGCGGAUGGGACCCUGGCCAUCUUCCACCGUGGUGAAGAUGGCCAGUGGGAUCUGAGCAACUAUCACCUAAUGGACCUGGGCCACCCGCACCACUCCAUCCGCUGCAUGGCUGUUGUGUACGACCGCGUGUGGUGUGGCUACAAGAACAAGGUGCACGUCAUCCAGCCCAAGACCAUGCAGAUAGAGAAGUCAUUUGACGCCCACCCACGGCGGGAGAGCCAGGUGCGGCAGCUGGCGUGGAUCGGCGAUGGCGUAUGGGUGUCCAUCCGCCUGGACUCCACCCUGCGGCUCUACCACGCACACACGCACCAGCAUCUACAGGACGUGGACAUUGAGCCCUAUGUCAGCAAGAUGCUAGGCACUGGCAAGCUGGGUUUCUCCUUCGUACGCAUCACGGCCCUGCUUGUCGCGGGCAGCCGGCUCUGGGUGGGCACCGGCAACGGAGUGGUCAUCUCCAUCCCCCUGACAGAGACUGUGGUCCUGCACCGAGGCCAGCUCUUGGGGCUCCGAGCCAAUAAGACAUCCCCCACCUCUGGGGAGGGCGCCCGUCCCGGGGGCAUCAUCCACGUGUAUGGCGAUGACAGCAGUGACAGGGCGGCCAGCAGCUUCAUCCCCUACUGCUCCAUGGCCCAGGCCCAGCUAUGCUUCCAUGGGCACCGCGAUGCCGUGAAGUUCUUUGUCUCGGUGCCAGGGAACGUGCUGGCCACCCUGAAUGGGAGCGUGCUGGACAGCCCAGCCGAGGGCCCUGGGCCAGCUGCCCCUGCCUCGGAGGUCGAGGGCCAGAAGCUGCGGAACGUGCUGGUGCUGAGCGGCGGGGAGGGCUACAUCGACUUCCGCAUUGGAGAUGGAGAGGACGACGAGACGGAGGAGGGCGCAGGGGACAUGAGCCAGGUGAAGCCCGUGCUGUCCAAGGCAGAGCGCAGUCACAUCAUCGUGUGGCAGGUGUCCUACACCCCCGAGUGAAGCUGCUGCCCUGCCUGGCCCGACCUGUACAUAGGACCCCCGACCACCUGACCCCCGCCCGCCCCGCGGGGUAGCCAGCCAGGCGCCGCCGCCCCUCUUCUAACCUCUCAACCUGCAGCUUUCACCUGAGUCUGGCCCCUCCAGCGGGCAGGGAGUGCGGGGAUGCGGAUCAGCUGGGAGGAGGAGGGGAGGGGUGCUUCCACCCGAGGGGAAGAUGCUCUCGGGACAGUUUCCCGGGCAGCUCCUGGCCAGCUUCCAGCCCAGAGUCCUCAAGUCCAGGGCACCUUGGGCCCAGCGCAGGCAGAAUCUGAGGUGGUCCUGGCUCUACCCUGGGCCUCCUACUCCCCAGCACCCCUGGAGGAGGCAGGGGCUCCCCGUCGCCGAGGCUGCCUGCCCUGGGCCCACCUCUGCAUGCUGCUCAUGGGGCCACCCUGCCUCCUGGGCCCUCACUCUGCCUAGGGGAGCUGGGCCAGGCACUAGCCUUUGCCCAGGGAGGUGGGCCUCAGGCUGCCCAGGUGCCUGCACCCCAGCCGGCCUUCUCUGGGGCCUCCCCGUCGUCAAGCCUCUAUCCUGUCUGUCCCAACCCCAGCUGUCCCCUGCCCAGGGAGCUGGCAUAAAAGCACGAGGCCCGGCUCCCUGGGGCAGCUGCUUGAGAACAGAGACUGCUACCCCAUCCUGCCCAUGCAGGCAGGCUCUCGCCAGCCCCGUUCUGACCCGUGUCCCCCCAGGCUCUGCCUGGGCAGAAGACUCACCUUGGAAGAGUGGGCCCUGGAGUCCUGUCCCUCCCAGAAGCCCCCAGGGUGGGAUUUCUCAGGCUGCCAGGGCAGGCCCAGGCCUCAGGAAGAAGGGGAGGCCCCUGGCCUCUCCGGGAUCAGUCCUAGGACACAGGCUCAGCCUCAGGUUGAUGGGGGAUGAUGUGCUCCCGGGGCCUGCCUCCUGCACGGGGCUCCACGGAGCCCAGCUCCCAGACACGCUACUAAGUGCCUAGGGUUGCCCGCUGUGGCCUGCUCCCAGGGAGCAACAGAGAGGCCACCAAGCAGAGGCCCGUGGGGCUGAGGAUGGAGCCGCCCCCAGCCGACUCCAAGCCCGCAGAGGGCAGACGCCACCCUGGACUGCUCUCCCUGCCCAGCUGGGCCUGGUCCACUGCACUCCUGUCUGGGAAGCCCUUAUGAGGGCAGCCCAACCCCCGCGCCCACCCCUAACCAGAGAAGCACAGAUCUUGGGGAGCUGCCCCACAAGCCCCGCUGGCCACCGAGGGCUGCAGCCGCUGCGCUGCCGGCUUCUCCCCACCACCCUGCCACCUCCACUGUGAUGUAUGUCUGCUCCCUCGUCUGUUCCCCCAGGAUCUCGAAGUGACUCCGGGCUGAGCAGUGGGGCGGCUGGGGGAGGGGUGACGAUUCUCCUCAGGCUUUGGCCCUGCAAGCAAACCCACAUAUCUGCUCUGUAUGUAAUAAACGUCUUAACGUCGUA